AAAAAGCGCCAAAUCUGAGAGCUUCCGGAGCUCCCUACAUGCACCCUGCGUCAAACUAACCUGUCCAUUCUUUUCAAGUCCUUCCGUCGCUCGCUACGAUCCCUUUCUUCGUCCAAAAUGUUCGGCAAACGCUCUUUUGCUAGUUCGAAGGACCGUUCCGGCAAGAUAACCAAACAGCCGAAGAAAUCGUUUCGCGAUGCCUCGAAGCAGAAGGUCAUGGUCGAGAAGCUGGAUGCGCGCAAAGACAGUCCAAUGAUGGAGAAUGGCUCCCCGAGCCUCACCUCUGCCAUUGUGACGGUUGUCGUUGGUCCCGACCAGCGACUAUUCGCUGCGCACGAAGACGUCCUCUGUCAUUCCCCGUACUUCGCUGAAGUCUUGCGGGGCCAGUUCUUCGAGUCCGCUAAUCGACGCAUCGACCUGCCCAUGGAGGAACCCGAAAUCUUCUCUUGUAUCCUCGAGUAUCUCUACAAGGGUGACUACUACCCGCGCUUGGUCCACGACAAGCGACGGCAAACCUGGAUGCUCGAGGGCGCAAUCACCUCACCCGACCCCAAUAAAACCGGCGACCGUGUAGCCGCUGUCGAGCCAACCUUUUUUCACCCCGGCGUGGGUGACGUUCUUCUCCGCGACACCGCCGUGUAUUGCGCUGCCGAUCGCUACGGCCUCGAAGAGCUCAAGAAGCUCUCUCUGCGCAAGCAGGGCCUGCAGAGCGGGAUCGAAGUCGGCACCAUCUUGCGUAGUGCGCGGUAUGCCUAUGAGAACACGCCGGACAGCGACUCGCGGCUGCGCGCUCAUUACCUCGCUCUGAUUAUCCGCAGUCGGAAAACAUUCAAGCGUAGUGGAACCAUGCAGAUGGAGAUGGAGAUGGGGGGAAAACUGUUCUUUGACUUGUUCGUGGCUAUGUGCAAUCAUGUCGAUGAUCUCGUGGAUGCGAGCAACGCUCGCGGUACUCCUAGGACCAUCUAAGGCUGGUUGCACUGCCCAUCGUUCGUCAAGCACAACUGCAAACACGCACACCCGGAGUUCUACAACAUGUUCAAUCUUUCAACUCCAACUCAACCCAAAUUGCCAAUAGCGACAAAGCGCUCAUGCAACUCGCACGUCAUCCCCCCUCUUUAAAAAGAAAGGAAAACCUCAGAAAAACAUGGACCGGCCCUCUAUCUUAUCUCUCUCCCUCUCUCAUAAUGUGGAGUUUGCUCACCCCCAUCACGUCCCUUAAUCCCUACUUCUCCAUCAUAUAACGGCAGCACCU